AUGUCUGCGAGUCAGCCCAUGUCGGUCAAGUUCGAGGGCUCUGAGGACACUCUGACCAUAUCAGAGGCCGUGGCGCAGCAGUACACCUUCUUCCAAGCCGUAAGGAACCGAUCAUGGCACUGCAUGUGCUGCUGGGUGCAAGAUCUGACUGCCUUCGUGUGUUGUGCUGCAGUUGCUGGACGGCGGUUUCCAGGAGUCGGCCGAGCGCACAGUGACGCUCAAGGAGAUCUCCCGGCCAAUAGCUGCCGUCGUGCUGCAGAGGAGAAACGACAUGCUCAAAGAUAUCACACGAGAG